AAAAAAAUUCGUUUAUUAAUAUAAUUUAAAAAUGAAUUUAUUUUUAUUUUUAUUUUUAUUCUAUCAGGUUCGUGCUAAUCUUGAGAAAAUUAUUUUUACUGCAUCUCCGUCUCUUCCUGUACUUCAAUCCGAUGUUUCUGUCUCCGAUGAUCUUUUCCCUGGACAAUAUCUUGAACAGAAUGUCCUACUUGGUUUUCAUCCUAAUAAUUCAGCUAUUUUAAUUGAACGCUGGUAUUUUAUUCAUUCUCUUUAUUUAAAUUAUACCUAUGAAAUUCGUCUUUCAUGGCCAGCAACGUCGCCAGCACUUAUUUAUCUUGAUGUCUUUCAAAUUUCCAAUUCGAUUAUUCAAUCAGCUAAUUCAUCAUUAAAUUUUUAUUUGCGUGUACGUUUAAUUCCUGAUUAUUUUUCUCUUUAUCCUUCUGUUAUGGCAUCUCAUCCUUUAUCUUUUCAUUUAUUCCUUGAUCAGGUUGUAUUAGGUUUACCAUAUUCCUUAAGAUGGACUAUUGUCUAUGCUUCAAUUGUUGGGUUUAUUGCAUGGUUUGGAAUGGCACCUUUAAUUUAUAAACUUAUUUGCUGGCAAAUCAAGAAAAAUUAAUUAUCAAGACAUUCUAUGUAUUCACGUUAUUUCACCUUUAGUAUAA